AUGAUAAUCUUGAAUUUCACAAUCAAGUAAGACUCUACCGGUGUCUAGGUAGAUUUUUGACCUUGUAAUCGAGUUUUUCAUGUUUUUUUUUUUAAUGAAGCUCCCUUUUUAAUAUCUAUCAACGACCUAACAUAUUUACGAAAGUAUAUAAUACCCAACAAUGUCGUGGAAAGGUCAUGUGCAGAAUGCAGCUUUAUGUGUUGGGAUUGCAGGUGUGACAUUGUUGGCUGUAAGACGUGCUGUUCUCUACAUCCGCACCAGAUGUCCCAGUAGAGUGCUUAUGCUAGGAAAAACUGUCAUUGUAACUGGAGCUAACUGUGGUAUUGGGUAUGAGACCGCCCUAGAUCUUGCAGGCAGGAAAGCUCGCGUAAUCUUAGCGUGUAGAGAUCUCAGCAAGGCUCAGAGUGCGGCGACCAAGAUCAGCAAAAUCACAGGGAACACUGAAGUCUUAGCAAAAAAAUUAGAUCUGGCAUCACUAAAAUCUGUUCGAGAGUUUUGUAGUGAUGUAAAUGCAAAUGAGCAGAAAUUAGACGUACUUAUAAAUAAUGCUGGCGUAAUGAACUGUCCAUAUUCUGUAACUGAAGAUGGUUUUGAGAAUCAUUUAGCUGUGAAUCAUUUUGGAAACUUUUUGUUGACAAACCUGCUGAAAGAUCUACUAUACAAAGCAGAAGACAGCAGGGUGGUUUUUGUGUCAUCUGCUCUUCACAAGUAUGGUAAAGUGAAAUUGGAAAAUUUGAACAGUGAGGAAAACUACAAACAAGGAAAACCUUAUGGCGACAGUAAAUUAAUGAAUCUUCUGUUUGCAAGGGAGUUUCAUAAAAGAUUUGCAAAUGAUGGUAAAAUAUGUGUUUACUCCAUGCAUCCUGGGAUGGUCAGAACAAGACUUGGAAGACAUACUAUACUGUUCAACAGAUACUUCCAGAUUUUUGGUUUUCCAGUAUAUGCAUUACUGUACUCACUUUAUUUUCUCCUAAUUAAGUCGGCACGAGAAGGGUGUCAGACAGUUGUAUAUUGUGCUGUUGCUCCAGAACUUCAAGGUCAAUCUGAUGGUUACUAUGGCAACUUCAAGAAGGAGCCCUGGAGUAAGCCGGCUAGUGACCUUGACCUUGCAAAGAAAGUAUGGGAAAUAAGUGAGAAAUUAACAAUGUUAUAGACACAUGACAUAGUAAUUUUCCAGGCAGGUUACAUGUACAUUAGCAUGUGUUAGUGUAACAAAGUUGAGGGUUAUUCACUUACUACACAUGACAGUGUCUGCAAUACUUACUCAACAACUUUGAUCUUUGGUGUGGUAAAAUUCAUCCACUUUUUAUGCAAAUGCAUGGGACAUGUUCUAAAGUUCACCUUAACACCACAGUAAAAAUUACAUAAUUUAAAGUGACUGUACAAAGUACCACAUAGAACUAGAAAUUUAAAUAUCUGUGUAGAAAUAUUAUAUAACAAGGAGGUUCAAUAUACAUUGUACAUUGUAUAUUACUUUCAGAGUACACCUUACUAUAUUUGAUGUGUCAGACUGUUACUGAUCGUAUUACUCUUUACAAGGUUAAUAUAACAGCACUAGUCCACCAUCUUUUUUUGCAUAGUUAUGAAAAUUUUAAAAAAUCCAAAUUUCUGUAUAUAAUUAUUAUGUCUUCUGCGUUCACCGUCAGUCUGUCCAUCUGCAUUUCGGUGGUUUCCAAAAUAAUGAAGCAAAAAUGUGACGUAGGGGUUGAAAAUUCAAACCUAUUUCUUAUGGUGGUCACCUAUUUUAUAUGAUAGCAAAUACUUCAAAUUUCAAGGAAAUAGCUUUGGGCAAGUGUUGAGAAAUACCAAUCAGAAAAUAUUUCAACCAAGUUCAGUGAAUUUCUAGUAAGAUGGGUGAUAAAUGCUGUAGUGUUUUAUGACAAGGAAAUAUGUAUAACAGUAAUUUUUUUCAACAAAUAUUAUAUGUAAUAGGUGUAUGUAUAUGGUUUUAAAGUUAUUUAAUCAAAUAUUUGUGGACAUUGGUUUUUAAAAUCACCCUUUCUGCUAAAAUCUGACAUGAAAAUAAAAUUUUACCUUGAAAAGUUGUUGCUGAAUGAAAAAUAGAUAGAUAGAUAGAUAGAUAGAUAGAUAGAUAGACAAUAAAUCUUCGUUUGUAAAAAAUAAAACACAGUUGAAAACUAGCCUUCAUGUAAAAUGUCACAUUUUUUUGGGUGCACAGUGGACAAAAUUAGCUAUAUAAUUUGAUAUAACUCUAUUAAAACUGCUUGAGCCAUUCAGCUGAAAUUGCACACAUUUAUUUUAUUGACUACAUUGAUUUGGAUAUAAUUUGCCCCAAAACACUUUCUAAAACUGAACAAAUUAAAGUAAGGUGUGAGAGAAGAAAAAGCUUCAUUAUUUUGAAAACCACCCAUUUGCCUUGUUCACGGAAUUGUCACAAAAUUCCCUGUCCAGAUUUCAAUUAAACUUAACAAGAGUGAUUGGUAUAAAGCUUAGUUGUGCAUGUCAUUGGCACGUUCCACUGAGAUUUUGAAUGAAAUAUGUGUGGGUUUUGUAUCCUAUACGUUUGGUCACAUUGGGUUUGACUAAAACUUCACAAGGAGCCUUGGUGCUCUACAGUUGUACAGUUGAAUGAUUUUUCAUUUAAUCAUAGUCUUUUGAUUUCAAUACAUAGUCUUUGCUUCCUCUCAAAAACUGCUUGACUGUUUUAUUUCCUUGAGUAAUUGAUAUUAAUUGUGCAUACCCAUUGAUUAAACAGAGAACCAACAGUUUUGAUAGCAAGGCUAUUAAAGGAAAGGGUUUCAAAUUCUAAAUAAGAGAACAUAAGUUAUGGACCUUUUUUCAGGUAGUAUGCUGUUGGAUAUAAUGAGAAACAAGCACAUUAAGUUGCAAGCAAGUGAAAAAGCCUCGCAUUCUGAUUUAAUAAGGGGCAUAAUUCGUGAAGUGUUGAUAUCUAAGUUAUGGCAUUGUCUCAUCGAUAAUAAGGAACAACUGUUUUAAGUUUGAACCAAAUGCAUUGAAUACUUAAAGAUAAAUAGUAUAAAUGAAUCAACAUUUCAAGUAACGCCAGUAGAUAGCUCCCCAUCUACUUCGCAUAUAGUCUAGCUAAAAAUUUGCUUAUUUUUCUGUUACAUUGCUAGCUCCUUCUAUGACGUAUAUUGUUGUCUAUGUUUUGCUUUCAAUGAAGCAGGUCGUAAUGAAGUGUAAAUCAAAUGGA